AGACGUCGGCGCGGGCCGGCGCUGGGAGGGGAGGAGCGCGGGGCCCACGCGCCGCCCGGCCCCGGAGGAAAGUUUUCCCGGCGGAGUUUCGGUGGCUGCGGCGGCGGCGGCGGCGUCCGGAGCGGCCAUGGACGCGCUCAAGUCCGCCGGGAGGGCGCUGAUCCGGAGCCCCAGCCUCGCCAAGCAGAGCUGGGGGGGCGGCGGCCGGCACCGGAAGCUGCCUGAGAACUGGACGGACACCCGGGAGACUCUGCUCGAGGGGAUGCUCUUCACCCUCAAGUACCUGGGCAUGACGCUGGUGGAGCAGCCCAAGGGCGAGGAGAUGUCCGCGGCCGCCGUCAAGAGGAUCGUGGCCACGGCCAAGGCCAGCGGGAAGAAGCUGCAGAAGGUGACUCUCAAGGUGUCCCCACGGGGAAUCAUCCUGACCGACGGCAUCACCAACCAGCUCAUUGAGAACGUGUCCAUUUACAGGAUCUCCUACUGCACAGCGGACAAGAUGCACGGCAAAGUGUUUGCCUACAUCGCCCAGAGCCAGCACAACGAGAAUCUCGAGUGCCACGCCUUCCUCUGCACCAAGCGGAAAAUGGCUCAGGCUGUCACCCUCACCGUAGCCCAGGCCUUCAAAGUUGCCUUUGAGUUUUGGCAGGUGUCCAAGGAAGAGAAGGAGAAGAGGGAGAAAGCCAGCCAAGAGGGAGGGGACGGCCUGGGCGGUGGCCGCGGCGGCAGCACCCCCUCGCUGAAGAACCUGGCCACCAUUGGGAACCUGCUGGACUUGGAAGAGACGGCCAAGGCCCCGCUGUCCGCAGUCAGCGCCAACACCGCCAGCGUCGGCGAGGCCCCGAGGCCUCCAGCCCUGAGCAGCGGCAGUGUCGUCUGGGAGCUGGAUGACGACCUGGAUGAAGCAUUUUCAAGGCUCGCCCAGUCCCGGACGAACCCCCAGGUCCUGGACACCGGCCUGACGGCCCAGGACAUCCACUAUGCCCAGUGCCUCUCGCCCAUCGACUGGGACCAGCCCGACAGCGGCAGCCCCAAGCAGGAGGACCUCUUCAGCUUCUGAGCGCCGGGGCUGGUGGGGCAGGGCAGCCCCGGGCCCCAGCCCCCCUUUUCCGGUGGGCAGCCCUGUCAGCCUGCAGGUCAAAGCUGCCACCAGCCAAGCAGAGGGCAGGAGCCGUGUUCUCGAACCCCGCUCUCUAAGGACUGAAAGGGGCCUUGAGUAUUUAUUCAGCGACUUCUGGUUCAGCUCGGAAGCUGGGUAUGUGUCAGCCACGAACAGUGUUACAGCCAGCUUCCUGCCUCCGCCCGAGCAUGCUCUGCUCUGCCGUGGUGUCCGCACGGCGACCAAAGCGUUUCUCGUCCCUUUUCUCCCCGGCGGCGGCUCUGCCCCUCACUGACAGCAGCAGAGCCCUCGUUUCUGUCUUCUGAGCACAGGAGAGCACCGCAGCCUCCACAGGGGACUGCCCCUCCGGCCCAUCUGCUGCAGGGGCCCCAGCAGGCCUGGGCGUGCGCCCCCCGCCUGGGGGUGCUCAGAGACGGAGGGACAGCCCCCGACCAAAGACGACACAGCUGGCACUUUAAAGCACACACGGCUGGGGUGGCUCGCAGGCUGCCCCCUGGCGCUGCCAUGCAGAGAGCUUCCUGCUGCCCUUCGGCGAGCAGGGGCCCAAGUCCCAUCGGAGGGCCCGUCAGUGCGCCCAGCCAGGGCAGGGCGACUGGCCGCCCACGGACUCCCAGAGUCUGAUUGCGUGACUGCCCUCCAUCGGUGCACCCCACUCCACCCCACCCACCCUGGUCCCCCGUACGGAUGAGCUGUGCUCCCUCUUCCCUUUUGUCUGUGUCUGUGUGAGUGUCCCCGAGCCUCGCCCUCACACUUCCUGGACUUGAGGCAGAAUAUCGUUGUCUUUUUAUAGACGAGAAAACCGAGGCCACCAGCAUGGAAGGGGUAGAAGCAGAACCCAGGCCUGAUGCCAAAGCUGCCUUCUCACCUGUGCCUCCCACAGUUCACACAUCCUCUUUUCUAGCUUUGUUGUCUCCCCAGAAACCAAAAAGCCCAGCUAUUUUCCGACCAAAAUAUGUUUCGUAACAACCAUCUGGUGCCUUUCUGCACGGAACUGGCAGGAGCCUCCUUGCUUGCUGCCUUGUUGCUAUUGAUUUCCGUGAAAACGGAAUUGUUUGAAGACUGUUCGUUGGGACGGUUCAACAAAACCAAACUCCGAGCAUCUGGACACUCUGACCCCCGGGUCGGGACACACCAGCAGCCAGAUAUUUUCAGGGUGUUCCUUCCUGCCUCCCUCAAGCCCACAGGGCUCCCGCAUCCUGACACCAGCCAAGCUGCCAGCACCCUCUCCGCCCGAGGUGCCUGCCCGGCCUGGCUUUGCUAACCUCCAUUCAGACGCUGCUGGUAGUUGGAGCAGCCCAGGAAAAACACACCAUUUCUUAGAAUCCACUUAUCUAAGCGCUUAAACCAAAAUACAAAGAAGUGCCUGGGUGAGGGGAGGUUGGGGUUUGCAGGGUCUUAUCAGGAUAUAACAGCCUUUCCCUGCCCAGCUCCCACACCCCCACUGCCCUUCCCAGGCCGGUACCAAGGCCGUGAGAUUGGGCCUGACAAACCCAGGAGUCUGGCUGCGGGUGGGAUGUGGCCUCCAUCAUGGCCACCAGCGGUGGGUGUGCUCCCUGUGUGUGCACAGAUAAGUCUUCUUGUGCUUUUCUUUGUGUUGCUGUCAAGGAAUUUAUAAGGAAAAGGAUAAGUAAUAAAUGUUCUUGUUUUGAA